AUGGGCAUAAUGUUCCUUGCCAACGCCUUGUGGAACGAGCUCUGCGCGCGCUGGUUCUCCCCCGGGGUUCGUUCCCUUGCGAACGACCAGGUGGUCAGCGCUGUAAAGGCCAUACCGGCGCUGCGAACCUUCUCCACGGGAUUGCAGAGCGCCGGGGCUUCCCAGGCUGCUUUUGCUUCCCGGGGGUCGGGGCCAACCCCGGCGCGCGAAGAAAGGGCACCUCUUCCCCGGAGCCGGGAGAGGGAAGGUCCCCAAGGCUCUGUUGUGAAGGAGCCGCCGGAGUCGUCAGAGGACUCUGAAGGUGAGGAGUCAGAGGAGUCUGAACAUCCAGGGUGCGCUGCUAAGUCCGACCCGGCUAGAAGGCCUCCUGAGCCGGCGGCACCGCCUAGGCCCAGAGAAGCCGAGGAUCCACCCAGGCGCCGCGAGACCGAGGGCGAUCGCAGGCGGCCCAGGUCGGAGCCUAGAGAAGAAGAGGACCGAGGAAAGAAGAAGAAGAAAAAGAAAAACAAGGAUCGCAGAGGAAACCGAGCAGAAGAGAUGAGUAGUGAAGGACCGAAAGAGUACAGCAGAGAGGAUCCAGAAGGAUGGAACAGCUUGACCCUGAGGAAAGGCCAAGUCAUAGAAGCAGAGGUUCCGGUGUCGACAGACGUCACCAAAGGAGAGGCACCAGCUGCUUUCCUGGUGCAGCGCGUCUCCAUCAACGUGAAUGGAGACCUUGUGCUGGAAGCGAGAAGCUUAGGAGCAGGAGAUCAAGAACUGUCCCGUUCUCUCUCCAGCACCUUCAAUCGCAAGCGAGGCCUCAUCCACUUGUGUGGGGCAGACUGCAUUGGAGAGGGCGACUUUGCUCUUCAUAUAGGAGCUCUCAAGGUCUACGAGCAUGCAGACUUCGAAGCAGACUACGUGUCGGCUCACUACAGACGAGCUGCAUUGAAGUGGAUGACAGAAGACCUCAGCGAUUUGGAGGAUCCUGGCACCAGAUUGGAUAUCACAGGUGGGGAGACUGCCGUGCCAGGGGAGGCAGAGGAAAACGUCCCUGCGGCAGGGGAGCCCCCGGGAGCGGCGGCCAAGCCUGCCCAGUCCCGAGGAAUCUAUAUGUCGCCAGGCUAUUCACCCUCACCGUUGCGAGAGAGGUUGGAGGAUGGCAGUCACCUGAGAGCGCCGGGCGGCCCUGCCCAGGCCGCUGCCAAGGAGGAGAAGCAGAAAGACCGUCGAAGGCGAGAAGAAAAGAGAGAAGCUGGACAAGUGGUGUUGGAGGCUCGAAAGCACGCCAAGAUGGCCGCUCGCCUCGCCAACCAGGAUCUUUGGACUGGUGGCGGAGGGGGCAAGGCAAAAGGAGGAGAAGAUCCCCGAAAAGUGACGGGACCUGCAGAGGCCCUAGGUGACGCGCUGGCUUUAGCCGGGCGCGAAAACCAAUUAAGCUUGGAGCCUACCGGAUCACUCCCGGCUCUACAUUUCCACUCCGAGAAGGGGAUUUGCAUGAGGUGGUUGGAGUUUUUAGAAGGGUUGCACUUCAGAGCGCUGUGGGAGACGACCACGUCGCGCGCUGGUGGGCAGAUGCCUGGGUGUGUUUGGCCCUUAGAAGCUAAUGCUCUUUCAGGGGCCACGCCGGAGUUAGCUCCUGGCAGCUGGACUCGAGUUGAGCGGUCAGCGGCUGACAGUGUUAGGGCGGCCGUGCUUCGUAAAGGAGUUGUCUCUUCAAGGGGCAAUAGGGUUUCUGCAGCUCGGCGAGCCACUGAGCUGGGCGCUGAAAUUCAUGGAGAUGAGAAGAUGUUAGGGGUGAGCAUAGCCAAACUGGUUCAGCUCAUACAAAGUACCCUGUGUUUGGUAUGUCAGAGGCUGGUGAACCGGAAGCACCUACAAAUCUUGGCUGGGCGCUGGGUGUUUGCCCUUCAAUUCAGGCGCCCAGCAAUGAGUUUCUUGCAGCGAACAUGGGAACUGGUUGGAGGUAACGUAAAAGUGACAGCUGGCCUGCGGUGCGCAAUCAAGCGAGAGCUUCUGAACUUGGUCAGCUGCAGUUUCUUGCUACAUUGCAACUUAGGGGCUAGUAUUUCCAAGCAUGUGGUGGCUGCAGACGCCUCUGAACUGGGAGGCGCGGUAGGAUUCACUACACAACUGUCUUCUGCAGGGCAGGAUUUUGUUCAGGCCAACCGAAAGCUUGAGCGGUCACCGGAUUCGCAAGUUAUUCCGGUGCUGGUGAUCAGCCUUUUCAACGGCAUAGGGGGAUCAUUCCGUGCCUAUGACAUAAUUGGAGUUGAACCCAUGGGAAGGAUAGCAGUAGAACUUGAUGAUGGGGCAAACCGAGUAACAUCGAGACGAUGGCCUAAUACGAUUUUUGUCAAGGAUGUCAAGUUGGUCACUCGUGCAGAAGUGAGAAAGUGGAGCUUGAAAUUUUUGAAAGUGAAAGAAAUUCACCUGUGGGGAGGCUUCCCAUGUACGGACCUGUCAGCGGUGAAGUUCAACCGCCUCAACUUGCUGGGAAGUCAGAGCAGUCUUUUCUGGGAAGUUCCUAGGAUUAGCGGCCUACUUCGUGAGGAGUUUGAUGUGGGAGUGGUUAUAAAGGAGGUUCUGGAAAAUGUGGCAUCCAUGGACCGCAGCGCGGCUGAAGAGAUUACUGCAGAGGUAGGUGGAACACAAGAGCUAUUACGAUGA